UCUUCUACCCCAGGCCACAGUGUGAACGCAUGAAUAAAAGAAGAAAAUUUCUUCUUGCCUCAGUACUUGCUCUCCAGAAUUCAAGUUUUAUAUAUCCAUCAUGUCGAAAGUGCUUCUCUAGGGUAAUCCUAGUCUCCAAAAGGUCUAAUUGUCCAAAAUGUGGCUCUACUGGGGAAGCUGAAAAUACCAGUUAUAGAUACAAACUUUCCUUAAAAGUUGCAGAAUCAAACAAAUUGUUUGUUAUUACUGUAUUUGGAAGCUGCUUAGAUACAUUUUUUGGUCUGACUGCCACUGAUUUGCACAAGUACCUUCAGAAUCCUGAUAAAAUUCCAGAAACACCAGACAAUGAUACAGCUCAGAACUUGUUGAGGAAAGCAGUUGAAACUUGCUUUGUUGGACAAACAUUUAUUUUUGGAGUGACGAAUUUUGAAAGCCAACAUGGAAAAGGUUCGGAUUUCAGUUACUUAUAUGCAUGCGCUGACCACAAAAGAGAAAUCAAAGCACUAGUUGCUUGCCAGAUUAUUCUACCAGACCCAAGUCUUACAGGCUUUACUGUCAUUCACUACUUCCAUCAGCUUUUGCAGACUUCCAAUUACAGGAAACUUCACUGUGGCUCCCAGGUACCUAAUAGCCCCUUGCUUGCUUUAGAUCACUCGAACAGUGAUCUCAGCAGCAUAUGGGGCUCUGAUAGCACUUCAUAUUUUUUUGAGUUCUGCAGCAGAGAUAAUUUUUCAAGAUUCUGGCAGCCAUCAAUUGAACUUACUUCCGUUGUUUCACAACUAACAGAAAAUGAUGAUUUUUCAGCUACAGAGCAAAGCAAGGUCCUUGGUAUUCUUCACCAGAACAGAACACAUAUCUCCAGUGCAGAGGCCACUGUUUCCAAUAGCUGCCAUGAUCCCAUUCAGGGUUCCUGGAGCCUUGUUUCAUAUAUGGAUAAAAAGAGUACCUCAGAAAAGUUGGGUGAAGAACUUGACUUACAAGCUAAUCAGCUGAGUGCAGUUCACAGCAGUCAUCGUGAAAUUGGAUUUACUGACUCUAAUUUAUUCCCUUUGAAAAUUCAAGAGCCCCUUGAGUCAAGUAAUACAAAAUCCUUCUACAGUGCAAUGGAAAUUAAAAAUAGGUAUUCCCAGUGUGAGCUACCAUGUUACCAGCAUCAUGAUGUAGAUAUCCCCACUAGCCUUCGAGAGAGAUCUGCGUGUUGUCCACCUUCAUCACUCAGACUUGAAGAGAUAGCUGGCAGGUCCCAGGAUUGUGACCCUGAAAUUUGGGAUGACCUGCCAUUCUCUGAAAGCCUAAACAAGUUUCUGGCAGUUAUUGAAAGUGAGAUUGCUGUAACUCAGACAGAUGCCAGUAGUACAAAACAUCAUGUAGGUAAUGACAUCGAUAAAUUGCAUGCAGACCACAGCAGGUUAAGUGUGACUCCACAGAGAACUACUGGAGCACUGCGUACACCACCUGUAGCUUUGAGAUCAUCACAAGCAACAGUCAAAUCAAACUCUGGCAAAGAUAACUUCUUUUGUAAAUGUGAAGCAAAUCCAAGUCCUAGUGUUCAAAAGGAGUCACGAUCAGAUAACACAGCAGAGGCUGUCUCUGUAAGUAGGAAUAGAAGAGAUAAUUUGGAAUAUUUUCUACCAAACACUUGUCUGUCAGCUCCGUUUUCAUCUUCAAAUGAUUUAGAAACAACAGUUACUCAUAAGACUGUAAUAAUUCUACCACAUAGGGAUGACAUUCCACUUACACCCAGUACUUCAGAGAGUGACCAUCCUUAUCUCAAUAUCAAAUGUUAUAAUGGGUGGGAAGAAAACUCACUUUCAGAAACGAAUGAAAAGUUGACAACUUUGUGUUCUAGGAAGUAUAAUGAUGUUUUUGAUCUUUGCAAAUUAGAAAAUAAACAAUAUUAUAGGUGGCCAAAGAACCAAGGUGACAGUUUUACAGUUUGCAAGAAACUUAUAUAUCCUUUAGAAACUCUUUGCAGUAAUCCAAAUAGAAGUACAAAUACAUUGAAAGAAAAGUCUCAUGGACAUAUCAGUAAUAAGUUAACACAAAGUUAUUCUUCCUGUUAUGAAGGUAGUUACAAUGCUUCUGCUGAUCUCUUUGAUGAUGUUGCUAAAGAAAUGGACAUUGCAACAGAAAUUGCCAAAAAAUCACAGGAUAUUUUAUCACAGUGGGAAAUGUCUUUGGCAGAAAGUCAUCCUUCAGAGUCUGAUUUUUCACUGAGAUCCAUUUCUGAAAACUCCAUCCUGCCUUCACAAAAAUUAUCCUUGCAAAGCAUAUCUGUCCCUAGGCAUCCAAGAAUAUGCUCUCCUCCACCUCAUUUUCAGUCAGAUUCAGAUAACUUUGAAGAUAGCCAGGACUUUAUUCCAUGUUCACAGUCAACUCCAAUUACAGGGUUCCACCAAACAAGAAUUCUUGGGAUAAAUGGAGCUUUCAAAAAAUUAUCUCCCUUAUAUUCAGAUUUUGAUGUUAACUAUGAAAAAACAAGAAUUUCCCCUGAAAAUGACAAACAGCAAGCCAUCCCAAGCUGCCCCCAAACUAUAAAAACACCCAGGCAGAAAUCCAGAAGCUCUACUGUAUCUGGUAUUACACAACCAGAGGUUUUCAACCACAAUUCUGUUGCCGAGUGCGUUGAAAGUAGUAGUGAUGAAUGGAUCCCUCCUACCACACAAAAAGUAUUUCUUUCAGAUGUGCUUGGAUUCCAGGUCAUGGGUGUAAGGAAAUACCUUGCUGCCCAUAUUUCCCCUGAUCAAAAAGAGUUACCAAGAAAGAAACUGAAACAUGUCAGACAAAGAGCUGAUAAAUAUUUCAAAAAGGAGUUAAACAAUAUGCUUACAGAAACUGUUACAAAACAGAAAACUCCUAAAUAUAACAGUAAAAGUUCAAGCUGGAUUUCCAAAUGUCCAGACACUCAAGUCUUAGAAGCACCUCAGUUGCACCCUGUUCUUGGCCUUUCUUCUUGUCUGGAAGUCAAACGUUGCCUUCUAUUUUCAGAAAAUUGCCCACCUUCAGUAUCUGAAACUAACAGUGCUUGGUCACCAGAAUUGUUUUCAUAAAAAGUUGCCUAAACCCAAUUCCUGAACUUUUAAAGGUAAAUCCGUUUGGAAACUUUGCCUCGGGUGGUGUGGAAAGCAUGCUUUAAACACUAGGACUUUUGAACACUUGGAGAGAAGCAAAUAGAAAGGGGGAUUGUACUGGGUGCUAUUGUGCCUUUGAAAAUGUUGUAAGUCCAUGGUUUUCUCCAGGUUUUAUCCAGAAUACUAUGAUUCAGAUAUUUUGGCACUUUAUCUUAUACUCUUGAUUGUACUUUAGUAAUAUUGUUAAUAUUGCU